AUGGCCAAUUGUACCAUGUUACAGACUCUUGAUCUCGGAGACAAUCUGAUAAAUGAUACCUUUCCAUUUUGGUUAGGUACUCUUCCUGAGUUAAGGGUUCUCGUUCUGCGAUCAAAUAAGUUCAAUGGUGCUAUAGGAAGACCUGAAAAAGCCCAGAUUGACUUCCCUAAAUUACACAUCAUUGAUCUUUCCUGCAAUAGUUUUACAGGGAAGUUACCAUCUCAACAAUUUCAGAACUGCGUUGCCAUGAAAGUUUUGGGCGCAGAGAAGUUGGCUUAUUUGCAGUCAAAUUCCAGUUUUACACGGAAAGGUUCAUUGACUUUCGAACUCUCAUAUUCAUAUGAUCACUCAAUGACAAUGUCAAACAAAGGCUCAUUGACUGAAUAUGAGAAAAUUCUUGAGUUCUUUACAGCCAUUGAUUUCUCAUGCAACAAAUUUGAAGGUGAAAUUCCUCCAGUUAUCGGGACUUUGAAAGCACUCAACCUGCUAAAUCUUUCCAACAAUGGUCUUACUGGUAAAAUACCGGCAGAGUUGGGAGAGAUGUCGUCGAUUGAGUGUUUAGACCUUUCUGGAAACAAGCUCUCGGAAGAGAUACCUGAACAGCUGACGCAGCUUACAUUUUUGGCAUUCUUGAAUUUAUCAUAUAAUCAUCUCACAGGUCGUAUACCACAAGGGAAACAAUUCAAUACCUUUGAAAAGAACUCAUUCGAGGGAAAUUCUGGGCUCUGCGGGAGACCUUUGUCGAAUUGUGGUGACGACAAUAACCAGCCACCAGAAUCAAGGAGCCAAGGCCAAGAUGAUGAAGGAUCAUUUUAUUUGACAUGGAAGAUGGUUGCAGCAGGAUAUGCAUUUGGGGUGGUGAUGGGAGGAGUGAUAGGUCAUAUUGCUUUUGAGAGGAAGAAAGAGUGGUUUAUGAAGACAUUCAGAGUGGGGCAGAAGAAAAGACGUGGUGGAAAUAGCAGGAUUUGA